GAGGUCUGAAAGCGUGAAAACGUAAUGUUUAUCGUAUUUGAUGAGAGUUGACAUCAUUUUCCCAGAAAAUAUAUAUUUGAAUAAAUGAUAAACUGAGCCAAAAACCAUUUCAUAUGUAUUUUGAUGGCCAAUCCUAUUACCAUGUUUUAAAUCUCAUUAGAAAUACACAUUUUAGUAUAUAUGUUAUUUUAUUGAAAUUUUCGGCACAAUUUUUUAAUGCAUUUAUUUUUAUAAAUUUUAAUUUUUAUAAUAUUGUAUAUAAUUGUGAAUAUAUUUAACAUUUUUGUAAAUCAAAAAUCCCAAUGUCUUUCAAUAUUGAACGGAACGUAAUGUCGGAUAUGAUGUCGACACCGAAGAUGUCGACAAUGGAUGUGGAGAACAGUCGCGACAACUCCGUGGAAGAGAUCGAAGUGACGUCUGUGACGAAAGAGGGCCAUCCGGUGGGCGAUCCGAGCCAUUUCUCGCUGCUCCGGGUGUUGGGCGAGGGAUCGUUCGGCAAAGUGUUUCUCGUCAAGAAGAUUGUCGGUCCCGACGAAGGAAACCUAUACGCCAUGAAAGUGCUCCGGAAGGCCACCCUUAAAGUACGAGAUCGGGUGCGGAGCAAAAUGGAAAGGGAUAUUCUGGCAGAGGUUCGCCACCCAUUCAUCGUGAAACUCAAUUAUGAUUCUCCCGGAGUCCCUCCGAGUGCUAACGCACACGAAUUGUUCCGUGGCUUCAGUUUUGUCGCAACGAAUCUAUUAGAGGAGACUUUAAUCCCAAACAACGAGAACAACACAAACGCCACAAACAGUUACGAAUCGCCCAAAGCUUCCCAAUCGGUGUCCCGAAUACUACUCCGGACUAUCACUAAAUGCAAAGAGCGGUCGCUUCACGACUACGAGUUCUUCGAAGAGUUGGGCAAAGGAUCGUAUUCUUGUUGCCGACGCUGUGUCCACAAAGAGACCGCCAAACAGUACGCCGUAAAGAUUAUCGACAAAUCAAAGCGCGAUUGUGCCGAAGAAGUGGCGGUUCUCCUCAGAUAUAGUCAACAUUCAAAUAUCGUUACUCUGCACGACGUAUACGAAGACACGACAUCCGUCUACCUGUUUAUGGACCUCAUGUCCGGUGGAGAGCUUUUAGACAAAAUUCUUAACCAAAAGUAUUUCAACGAACGCGAGGCGAGCGCUGUGUUGGAAGUGAUCGCCACUACCAUUAAGUUCUUACACGAAAACGGAGUAAUUAUUUCAAUAAUA